AACACAGAAAAAAACGAGCUGGGCUUUCUAUAUAUAACGUUGUCAAAAACCCCUCUUCUCUCACACACACUCUCAACACACAACCUUCGUGCUCUCCGUCUCUCCCAAAACCCCAUUUCUCUUUCUCUCUCUACAACCUCAGAUCUCUCUCUCUCUCUCUCUCAAUGGCCUCUGUUACAGGAACUUCGAUUUCCAUGGCCUCCUUCAAGGCCAGCUUGGCACCAAGCAGCAGGACCUCUAAUCUGAAAUCAGUUUCCUUUCCUAAUAGUGGGAAAAGCUUCACAACUCUUAGGAUGCAGCCAGCACGUUUCCGUAUUUCUUGUGCGGCCAAACCAGAGACAGUGACAAAGGUGUGUGAAAUUGUGAAGAAGCAGCUAGCUCUACCUGAUGAUUCCGCAGUCACUGGAGAGUCAAAAUUUGCUGCCCUUGGAGCUGAUUCUCUUGACACGGUUGAGAUUGUGAUGGGACUUGAGGAGGAGUUUGGGAUCAGUGUGGAAGAAGAUAGUGCACAGAGCAUUGCCACUGUUCAAGAUGCAGCAGAUCUGAUUGAGAAGCUCAUUGAGAAUAAGGGUGCUUAAAAUAGUUUGAGAGAGAUCAUUGAGAAGGUUGCUUAAAAUAGUUUGAGAGAAUGUCAGACAUUUUUCUAUAUUAGUCUAUCUAGAGUUUUAUAUUUCAUGCAGUUCUUUUAAACUCAGUUUGCAUGUCUUGCUCGUGGAGCUUGUAGCGUUCUCAAAAGAACUCACCUGGGACUCUUAUGUCCCUCACUUUUUUUAUUUGUCUAGAACUUUGAUGCCUCCGUUUCAUAUC